AUGAGAUCUAUGGUACCGAUUCAACGACCGGCCGCUGUCCGGAGCAUCUCCGGCGUCGCGGCACUGGCUGGCCUCACUGCCACCAGCACUUCCACUCGACCACAACCACCAUUCCACCUCAUCGCAUCGCAUAGCCAGCCACGACGGUGUACCUUGUUCACCUCCAACGGUCUCCUAGCACAAAAUGGCAACAAUAACGAGCCUUCGCGACAACCCUCCACCUCUCCCUCUACCACCACCCAGAAGCAGCCCUCUUCUGCCGCCGACGAUGCCACGACAUCCCAACAACAAAACAAAUCCUCCGCCGUCCAAAAGCGCAAGCUCCCCCUCAAAAACUCCCUUCACCGCGUCGCCAUCGUCGCCCAAAAAGGCAGUCCCGCCAAAUCGGCUCCCGUCCCAAUACCCGAACACACCAUCGAGCCCGACGGGCGCUCGACCAUCUCAGCCGUCUGCGUCGCCGAGUCCUUCGACAUGGACGCCGUCGCCUCCCUUUUGACAUCGCACAACUUCUCCCUCGACCCCGACAACACCGGCUUCGACAUCCACGAAGUCGUCCACGCGCGGGGGCUGACCAACCACGGGGACAUCUUCGUCUUUCCCUCUGGCACCAUAGUAACCUGGGCUUUGCCAGCCGACGUCGUCGACACGCUUGCCACACGUUUACUCAUUCCCGCAGCCGAAAUCCCCUUUGUCGAAAACAAGGAAGAAGAAGACCUCGAAUUCGCCACCGAUCCUUCUGAAGAACAGAGUAAAGUCCAAGGUGACGUGGUCGUCCUCGGCACGCUGCGUGAGGUCUCAGCCGGUGACAAGCUAGACACCACUUUGGCGAAAAUUGCUUUUUCGUCCGGUCUUGCGCGCUCCACCAAGCUUGCGGUGUUGGAAUCCUCUUUGACGCGCUACCUCGAAAGCACGAGACACAUUCCCGACCGGCUAUCCCAAGGUCUCAAAGCCCCGCUGUCACGGGAACUCAUCCUCCGAAAAACCGGCGAACUCCUCAACCUCCGCAGUCAACUGAACCACUACAACGACCUAACCGACGCGUUGCCAGAUAUCUUCUGGGACAGCGAAGAGAAGCUGGAAACGUACUACAGCAAGAUCGGCAAGGCGUUGGAUGUCGGGGUGCGUAUCAAGACGCUGAAUGACAAGAUGACGUAUGCGCAGGAGGUGGUCAAGGUGGCGCAGGAGGUGUUGGAUAUUUCGGAAAAGAUGAGCAGUGAGAAACACAGCACGCGGUUGGAGUGGAUUAUUAUUAUAUUGAUUGCUAUUGAGGUGGUGUUUGAGCUGCGGAGGCUGUGGAUGGAGAGGUUUGAGACGCAUGACGAUGAUGUUUUGAGGGAACUGAAAAGGAUUGGGGAUUCACUUGAGGCUUUGAGGGGGGAUGGCGGUGGAAAGGCUGAGGGUUUGCCAAAGUGA